AUGUCGGCCUACUAUGUGGGACCUUUCGGCCUUCCUGGAACACAUCCAUACCAGCUUCCACCACCUCGUGCUUCAGCGCCUCUACAGUUUGGAACAGACCCUUUUUUGCACCAGCGGAGCCAAGGAGAGAGGGGCGACCUCGGAAGGCCCCUGUCAAACCGCUCACAAGCCACUAACCAGCAUACCAUAAAGGAACAGCUGCCGUCGGUGAGCCAGUUGUUGACCCCUGGAGCCAAGGAGAGCCGACCAUCAUCACCGUAUAAAUCUGGCACUUAUGGGAACUAUACAUCUCCGAGCAGCACAACAGAGGCUUCGCAAUAUCGCCGGUACGGUUCCAGCUCCGCCCUUACCACACCGCGCAAUGGAAAUCUCGAUCCUCCGGCUCAUCCAGAUCCAAACCAUCAGCAACAUCCUGGUCCAUUACCCUCACUGGCUCGUUUGUCACCUCAUAAUCUCGGGCGUGAGACAUCGGUGAAUCUGCCAAACCAAACCAACUCACAGGUCCCCUCGAUUCCCCAGGGGCUGUUUCAUCCGCAUGGCUUCAGAAACCUCGAGAGGGAGCCAGAAGACCUCGUCCUACCAGAGUCGACUGAUUCUGGGUGUCCGACGGAGAAUAAAGGCCAAACGGCUAACGUUCGUUCCCAUGUGGUUGACGAGAGGUACAUAGAUGGAGAGGGGCUGUGCUAUAUAUACGCCGACGGCUCCCGUUGCCCCAAAAUCAUCGAUGGAGUCCCUGUGAAUGCAAACUGGGGAAUCACCAAGGCUGGCAAGCCGAGGAAGCGGCUUGCACAGGCCUGUUUAACAUGCCGCGAGAAGAAAAUCAAAUGCCAGCCAAACCUUCCUAAAUGCGACCAGUGCCAAAAGUCGGGCAGGGAAUGCAGGUUUGAGAGCGCACCUCGAGGUCAUCGUGCAGCGAUGAAGGCCCCGCACGCGAUGGGCAGAUACGACGGAAGAGAUAGUUUCUCAUCCGGAAAUCACAACUUUGGGGGCUCCUCGAAUUCCCUCUAUUCCAUUACACGGGCUUCUGAAAGUUCGACGUCGCUCCAGGGAACUAGUUCUCAGUCGCCCAUAUCAGAUGGCUCCAUGCUUACACCUUCUGCUAUGGAUAGCACUCACGAUAGUGCUAUGGAUUAUGAAUAUUUCAAAACUAGGGGGCAAGGGUCAAGCCGGGUCUCUGCUGGAUCCGAGGAUCUGCCAAAGCGUGCGGAUAUUCAUUCGUCUCCCGAUUAUUCUGACAUUUUAACGGGACUGAAGGAUUUGGAUCCCCAGGAUCCCGUUGCCCGUGGCUGGCGGGUGGACCCGUAUGAAAUGGAUCCUGAACUCACGCUCCAUUACAUUGAAACAUACUUCACAUAUGUGAACGACCGAUUGUAUUAUAUGUUUCCCCGAAGACGGUUUCUUCUCUGGCUGAAAUCGUGCCACACGAAGUCGUUGGAUGAUCACAUGCUUCUUUACUCGAUGAUGACUCUGGGGUCAGUGUUUUCAGAGCGCCCAGAUAGGGUUAUCGCGUUGAAAAGAUUUUCCCGCACAGCUCGGUACGCAGUGGAGCAUAGCCGGCAUAGCCUCACCUUACAGCUUGCUCAAAGCCGUAUUAUUAUGAGUCUUUGGUAUUAUGCCAUAGGUGCUCUUGUGAAGUCAUGGGAUGCUGUCGGGGCAGCUGUCCGGACAGUCUGCGGAUUACGAUACAACGUCGAGUUGGGCGGAGUCAUUGUAGACCAGAGCCGCGAAUGUGAAUAUGGCUUACACCCUCAGGCGCUGAUAGAAUGCCGACGGCGGACAUUUUGGGUUGCUUUUCUGAUGGAUCGCCUCUCGUGUUUCUAUACCCCAUCUACCACUUUCAUCUCCUCAGAAACUGCCUACCUGAGACUACCUUGCCGAGAAGAAGUCUACGAAGCCCAACAAUACACCACUGUUCCCUAUUUUCAAAGCUUUUUGAACCAACCCCUAGCGCCUCUAGAAGACGAGACCUCGGGGUUGAGUGCUAUGGCGCUCUUAAUAGAUAUACUGUCUCUCUGGGGGGAGGUGUCCGAUCAUGUCUUUCGCUUGUCAUUGAUACCCACCGAGGCAUACGGCAGACUUUUUGAUGAAUUCUACUCCAGUAUUGUCCGGCGGUCAGACGAGUGGGUUGCCAGGCUGCCCGACCAUCUGGCAUUUACAGCCGUGAACAUGGAGCGAAGUAUUCGAGGAAAGAAAUCCGACUCAUUCAUAUCAAUCCAUUUACUAUAUCACGCGACUCUAAUGAAGCUGAACCGGCAUGCACGCUACCAGAAUCUUCCAGAUAAAAUGGUUGAUCGAUGCGUUCACGCGGCCAGGAACCAUGCCGUCGAAAUCCUCCGGACCUCAGUUGCUCUAGUCCGCUAUGCGUCAGACUUCGAAGCCUCGAGGUCGGCCUUGGAGCCGAACACCUCGCGGGGGGCCAUACUGAACCCUUUCUUGGGCUACGUAAUCCUUUCAGCGGUCGAUGUACUCAGCGUAGGUGGACUGAUCACCGACCUUCCCGAGUGUAUCAGCCUCAUACGGGGAGGUCUCGAAGUGAUGCGAGAACUGAGCCGAUUCUGGGCCAGCAUCGUACCUCUGAUGGUACUCAUCGAGACGCGGCUAGAAGCGAUGGUGGAAUAUCCUUUCCAGCAACUCGAACUGCAGGGCAAAGUCGCCUUCCUUGCGUCCAGUCCCUCCUUGGAUAGGCAGGUCCGCGGCGGUGUCCAGAAACAAGAUACCCCUACGAACGAGGACCUCCUGUAUGACGAACUGCCUCGCGAGCGACUGUUCAGCGCGUUGGGAGUUGGUAACGUCCCCUUUGUGGAGGAGAAUAUCCUCUGGAUUAAAGACGCCAACUGA